CCUGUUAGCUCAAUGUUAAAUGAGCAGUCAUUAGGAAAGACACCACUGCCGCACAGGAUUAGCUGAGAGCUACCUCAAAAAUGAAAGGCUACGUAUCUCUCGUCCUUCUGCUCAGCAUUGGUUUCUGUGCCAAGACAGCUGUUUCCACAAGUACAGCUACCUCUACUCAGGUAUCCUCCAGCAUAACUACGACAGCUUCUACAACUACACCACUAACUGCCACAAUCCAAGAAACCACCACGUCAUCCAUGUUAGUAAUUACCACAACCAAAGAAAUCACCACAUCAUCCACGCCAGUAACUACCACAACCCAAGAAACCACCACACCAUCCACGCCAGUAAUUACCACAACCAAAGAAAUCACCACAUCAUCCACGCCAGUAACUACCACAACCCAAGAAACCACCACACCAUCCACGCCAGUAACUACCACAACCCAAGAAACCACCACGCCAUCCACGACAGCUUCCGCAAUUACAACAACGGCAAUAGCUACCACUACUCAUGUAACCUCUGAGUCAAUCAUGACAGCUCUUACAACUACAACAGCUACCACUGCCCUCCUUGACUCAACUACCCAGGUAUCCCCUUUCUCAACUACGACAGGAACUGUGUCUUCCACCACUCCCACGCCUAUAACACAAUCACCUCCACCCUGUGCAAAUAAACCAUGUGUUAGCAGCACUGCUGAAUGUAUUAACCUAUAUGACGGUUAUAUAUGCCAGUGCCCAUAUUCAUACUACUAUACACAAUCAGGAUGCCAAGAAGGAAAAGUGUUCCCUGGACUGUUAACACUGAAUGCAAUGUAUACUGAGGACAUGAUCAUUGUAAACUCUUCAGAUUUCAAGGAAUUAUACAUGAAUGUCACAGAUUUUUUCAACACAACUUUCCAGAAUGAGACAAGCUAUGGCGAGACGAAAAUUGUGAAUGUAAUACAAUUUUUAGCAAAUUCUAGAAUACAGAGUAGAGCUGUGGCCAGUGGAAUCAAUGUGACAGUGAAGAAUGUGUUUGAACUGACCACAACUUUAAACGCUAGUGAAGUUACUAAACUCAUACAGGCAGCAAUAAAUGGCAGUUCCAAUUUCAAUCUCUAUAGCUAUUAUGCACUUACACACUGUGUCAUUUAUGGCUGUGAUGAGACAACUGCUACUUGCAACGACACUAGCGGGGUGCCAGUGUGUGAAUGCAAACCAGGAUUGUCUAAGAAGAAAGCAGCAGACAAAACCUGUUCAAAUUGUGAGAGCACAUGUUCUAAAGACAACCACAUGCAUUGUAUUGCGAAUAACAGCAUUCCAGUUUGCCAAUGCCUUCCUGAUUUCUACAAAAAAGAUGGAAAAUGUGUGAAGUGUAAUGUGGGCUUCUCUGGAGUAGACUGUAACAACAAUACCUUGUUGAUCCUUAUCAUUGUGGCUGUCCUGUGUGGGAUUCUUAUCCUGGGCUUAGUGGCAGGACUCAUUUGCACUUCAAUGAGGUCAAAAAAGCUAAAAAAUCCAGAGAAGAGGCAUUUGAUAAAAGAAGACUAUUCAGGUGGAAAGGGAAAACUUGGCCCUAUGUCUGUCUCCAACCCUGCUGCAAAAGACCGAAUUUUCCCCACAAUCCCUACGUCUGUCUCCAACCCUGCUGCAAAAGACCGAAUUUUCCCCACAGUCCCUACGUCUGUCUCCAAGCCUGCUACAAAAGACCGAAUUUUCCCCACAGUCCCUACGUCUGCCUCCAGCCCUGCUGCAAAAGACAGAAUUUUUCCUACAGUCCAGACUAACAAUGCUGGUCAAGUGAACCGAGGAUUUCAGAUAAGCAAUCCUUAUGAAAUUGCACCACCAAUGAGGAUGCUUCCUGAGAGGGAUUAUGAUGAUGACGACGAGGAGUAUGAAAUGUCAUUAAGAGGUGACCGCAGGCCUCACUAUAGAUACUGAAAUUAAGCAGAACAAGAGACUGUCAGCUUCAAGAUAUAUGAGAGCCAUGACACCAGACUACAGUAGAUGAGUUCUGCAGCUUCAUCAUCACCUAGGACUGGAUUUCAGAUGGGUGGCUAUUAGAAUGCUUUCAAUGAUGACAAAUUUUGCAGACAACUUUUUACAAUGAAGACGACAAUCUGAAAUAGACCUCUUUAUAACUAAUUUGCUUAAUUAAGUGAAAAUAGAAAUGGGGACAUCGUGCUCUUACAUACAUAAUGGACUAAUCCAUCCCAGAUUGUGUCUACACAAGACUUUUUCAGGAAGCCUCCCAACAGUGCAGGUCUACCAGUGACACAGCAGCGGUGGGAGAGCUAGCAUAUAUCGGGCACCAGCAUUUUAACUACUAUAUUGCCGGUCUCACCCUGUUCAGAGAAGGUCCAGAUGAUACGGUGAUGACAGCCACAUGAGCCCACUCUGCACUAGCACUCUCACUAUUGCUACCACUGGCAAAGCUGCAGGGGUGUUAACAUCGUGGAAAACUGCCCCAAAAGAAGUAGCACAAGUCCAGGCUACAAAGAACAAUCGGAUCAAUUGCAUACUGCUUUAGGUUCCAGACCUAUAGCACUCUCUGGAGCUCCUGCGUGUGUCCCCAAAUCUCAGCUGGAGCCCUAAGUGUUGCUAUAGUACAAAAAAUAAAAGUUUCACAUUCCAACUAUUGCUUGCCAUCGCCCCUUCGUGUUGGAAUAUCUUCAGUUCUGAGAGACCCAGAUGUAGGCCAGAAUCUGGUGUCCAGAGUCAGGGCUUCCAUUUGAACCCAUUUACACUUCCCUCUGCAUAUUUCCCAACUGUGUCUUUUACAAAAGCCAUCAUGUGUGAUUUGUGAUCACUUACAGUGUCUGUGGACCUCAGGCUGUCCUAUUUCUACUAAGCUUCCUGAAAAGAAUUGUUACUUGGCUUUUUUUUCCUUAUUAUUUUUAGUUUAUCAUGCAAUUUAAAUGUGUUUUUACGCUCAGUAAAUCUUUUUUAAAACGAUCCCUAAUUCAUAUUUACUGGGUAAUUUAUCAUAUAAUUAAUGGCUCUAUUGAUUAGUUCUAGCAUAUCAAGCUCUGUACAUAUAUUUAAAUAAAUUAAUCUCCUAUAAAGUAUAAUUGA